AUGACGAGCAAGCCCGCCCUCAACACUCUAACCCGACUCUCCUCCCAAAUACACAUCAGUGCAAAUCCACCACCCAGGAAUCUAGCCGAAAGCAAGCAAAUCUUCGCCGCACUGCAGGGCUUCGGCGAGAUCAUCAGCUUCCGAAACUUGAAGUAUGACAUUCACAACAAUACCGACAGGGAACGGCCCCUCCUCGCCAUGUUCGACUCCAGCGAUGCUGCUGAACGCGCUAUCGCCGCAUCGCCGUUGACUAUCACACUUCCCGAGCCAACAGCACCAGUUUUUACAAAGAAUCCUUUUGCUUCCACGUCCACAUCCUCAUCUUCAGACCCAUCUCCAUCUCCAUCUCCCUCAGACUCACCAUCAACCACAUCCUCCUCAUCCUCAUCCAACCCCACAACAAUAACAUGCACCCUCUCCCCUUCCCGCCACAACUACGAACGCGCCACCCGCCGCAACCCCUUCUACAACAUGUUCCACAUCGACAAGAAAAGCGCUAUAUACGCCGACAUGCGCAGCGAGGAAACAGCCACCCCGCUGGCGGAAUUGGCGGAUGUCCUGCAGCGCACGAAGGGCGUUACGUUUGCGUCGCAGCGGUUUGGGACGAGGGUGCAUGCGCAGCGGAUCGGGGCGGAUAGUUUGACGAGGAUUUGGAAAAUGGGAGUUAGGGAGAGAAGGAGGGUGGAAUUGGAGGGGAAGGGGAAUGGAAAGGGGAAGGAACAGGUUGAGGGAGAUGGCAAGGACCUUUUGGGAGAUGAUCGGGGGAGAGGGCGAGGGCGCAGUUGA